AUGGAGACGCCGAGGGGUGACGGAGACCCUCCGCCAUGCUGCGAGAAGGCGGACGGGCUCCAAGGUACGCUGCAGUCACCUCCCGUUUUGGAAGGUCGCGAGAGACGACUGUCGGCAAGGCGGGAAAACCGGGGUCGCCCAGGGGGGAGUAAAUCUCCAGAGGCAGGCGUCGCCACAGAUGAGAAUCCAGCCACGCAGGACGGCGACGAAGUUUUCUGUUGCUCACCGUCCCCCGCUGAAGCGGCAGGGGACUGGACUGACGUGUCAGGAGACAUGCCAGAGGGUAGUGAUUGGGAGAGCGAUGCAGACGGGGAGGCGAUCCAAACAAGAUUCCGCAGUGGGAGGAAGGAUGCCGACGUGAAUCUGAGCUUGAGUGGAAGGCUCCUACCCAAAGACAACGCUCUUCGCAAAGCUCAGAGUCCGGGAUUACUCACCCUUGCUAUGGAUGUUGAUGAUUAUGCGCGUGCAAUUCCUGUUUUGUCACCAAGCGCGAUGCGGAAGUCGGGAAGACUGCGGCUGGGACCGUCCAGGGCAAGAGGCUCGACGAAAGACGGGCGAGCCGUGGCAGGCCGAGGUGCGAGCGGAGGACGGUUGCAGUCAAGCUUUUCGGCGAAAAGGCUACAUACGCCUACACAGCGGUCGGCUGAUAUUCUACUAGAUUCAAAACGAGCUCAGGCGAGGGGCGAACCGGACACGCAGAAGGAAAACCUCGUCGGACACACACAAAACUGCGGCGGAGACAGUCGUAAAGAAGCAAGGCUGAAGCACAUGAAGCCCUCGCUAUACCGCCCGGAGAGAGAGCGCGCAGCCAGAAACCGGCGGAGGAGGCAGCGAGCGAUUGGAGGGGGUGGACUUGACGCAGGCGGGGACGAAGCCGCUCUGGUACACAAACUGAAUCUCAAAGAACGGGCACGCGACUAUGCAGAUGAACUGUUCGAUCGCAUGGGUCUUCUAGCUGCAGAUGAAGAUUUUCUGUACAAAGAAAUGGAAAGGGAUGCACUCCUCUUGGAUUAUGACGAUUAUUUGUUUGAGGACGACGAUGACGAAGAUGAUGAGCGGUUCUUCCUCGGCGGUGCGGCAGCCAAUCGAUUCUUCCUCUCGCAAGAUGGCGCGCCUUUAUGUGGCCUGCUGAACGACGACCGCGUCAUUGACCUCUCUGACGAUCAAGAGUCGCGCGCUGGUCAAGACAUGGAGACCGAGGAAGAAGCGGCAGCCACGCGGACUAUCGUCAGACAGAUGUUCAGCUCUCUAGGCGUGACGGAUUGGGCUGCGUUUCUGCAGCUGCAGGCAGAAUUCUGGUUGUACAACAGCGCUCAUCGCCAAGCGCUGAUAACUGCCAGAGCGGCCGAACGCGUUCUGCAGGAGGGAGGACCAGACUUGAAAGGGCAUCAAGAAGCCAAGGCGCGCCCGCUGCCACACGGAUCUCCCUCUGAGCCCUCAGUGCCUUCGCGCGAUGCGGAGAGGAUUGCGCCACCUCCGGCGGAUUCACCGGGGGGGACAACGCGGACGUUAGCAGUGAAGAUGGUUGCGGCAUGCGCACUUCGCGAGUUCGGGAGAAGCAGUGAAUACCUCAGGCAACUGCGUGGUCGUGAUCUCGCCGCCCUCUCCGAGCCUCUGGAAGCCUAUGUUGAGGAGGCCGUUCGAUUCUUGGCAGAGCGCACGGCCGACCCCGUUCUUUCCCCACCGGGGUCGCGACCACCGUUUUAA